UAUACAGCUAUCAGUGUGUUGACAGUUGAUGUGUACACAACUAUGAAUAGCUCACUGUUGGGAAUUCUAUUCGCAAUUUUGUGUUCUCAAAAAUACUUAAAUUUAUGUUAACAUUUUCUGGAUUGAUUUGGUACUAAGAUUAUUGAUUCGCUGGAUUACGAUGGGCAAAACAUCCAAGGUGAUUCGAAAAGAAAGUAAGUCAAUCACAGAUGAAAUUAUAUGUGCGAAGGAACCGACAAGAGGACAAACAAUGGAUAUAUUGUCAGUUUUCGAUGGACCCAACAACUACAAACAGUAUUACACAGCGUUUCUAUGCUGUGCACAGAAAGACCUUGAGACGUUCGGUCUGCCCUUCCACGUCAUGCUGGAGAAGAUGGGCUUCCGGAUCUUUCUGCCACCACGUGACCUCGUCCUGACCGGACCGUUGUACGAGAACCUGGCCAGGGCGCUGGAGGAACGUUGCAAUGGAAAGAUAAUCGUGGUUUUAUCAGCUAACUAUGUAUCUUCAGAGGAGUGUCUGUUUCUGACCUACUUCGCCAGGGUCCUAGAUCCAGAUUCCAGGUCAAGAAACAUCAUACCUGUCCAGAUAGACAAAGAUAUUGGUGAGCUGCCCAGUGUCUUAAAGGGCAUGUCAAUCAUACGUUACAACCAGGCUUUCAGGCUAGGCUGGCUCAAACAGAAACUGAUUGAUGCCAUUUCUGCAUGAUGGCAUAUUUGCCUG